AUCUCAGUUUUCUAUUCGUCUGAAAACUCGUUCCUCCCAUGGGAUGAUUUUCUAUGUCUCGGAUCAAGAAGAGAAUGACUUCAUGACUCUAUUCUUAGCCCAUGGGCGCUUGGUUUUCAUGUUUAAUGUUGGCCACAAGAAACUGAAGAUUAGAAGCCAGGAGAAAUAUAAUGAUGGAUCAUGGCAUGAUGUGAUAUUUAUUCGGGAAAAGAGCAGUGGCCGAUUGAUAAUUAAUGGCCUUCGAGUCCUAGAAGAAAGUCUUCCUCCUACUGGAGCUGCCUGGAAAAUCAAGGGUCCCAUUUAUUUGGGAGGUGUGGCUCCUGGAAGGGCUGUGAAAAACGUCCAG